AACAACAGUUCCCGACCUCCGCCGAGGAUUCAAGCUGCCACACUGAAGUGGAACAAAAAGGCGACCUGGCAGCGUUUUUCUACACUCCCUCCACUUUCUCCGGGGUAGUCACGGGAUUUCAAUGUUCAGCCUGCUCUUUGGUUUCUGUGUCGACUUGAGCCGUACCUAUAUGGCGUGUGUGAGUGGAGAAUUCUGCCAGGCACAGCACCUCACCUCCGUGGAGAAGUGAAUCGGCCGCCCCCCUAGGGACUACGCUACCCAGAAACCCCCCUGACUGCCAGCACACUAGGAACUGCUGACUCAUCCAAAGGCCCCCUCUGGGAUACUGCGUAGUCCUUGGCCCGACUGCCCUGCCCUGUCCCAACCAAUACGACAGAUCUUUGCUCUCCGCUUUCUCCUUGAACAGCCAAUCACAAACAGCUCUCCUGAAUGGGCCGUCUCGCCAACAUGAACCGCCCCGCUGCAGUCGAGAUCACCUACGAGUGCAUGAGGUUCCUCAUCACCCACAACCCCACCAAUGCCACGCUCAACAAGUUCACCGAGGACCUGAAAAAGUGUGAUGUGAACACACUGGUGAGAGUUUGUGAAUCCACUUAUGAUAAGACUCCAGUGGAGAAGGAGGGGAUUCAGGUCCUGGACUGGCCCUUCGAUGAUGGGGCCCCUCCUCCCACCCAGAUUGUGGACGACUGGCUCAAGCUGCUCAACAACAAGUUCCGAGAUGAACCCGGCUGCUGCAUCGCCGUGCACUGUGUGGCAGGACUUGGAAGAGCUCCAGUCUUGGUGGCCUUAGCCCUCAUUGAGAGUGGGAUGAGGUAUGAGGAUGCUGUGCAGUUCAUAAGGCAGAAGAGACGUGGAGCCUUCAACUCCAAACAGCUUCUUUACCUCGAGAAAUACAGACCCAAAAUGCGUCUGAAGUUCAAGGAUACCAACAGCCACAACUGCUGUAUUCAGUAGGCGGCCUGUCGGUGCAUCUUUCUAAUGCGCAUCUAGUGGGGAAUCUCCCAACAAAGGGAGAUUAAAAAAAAAAAAAAAAAAAAAAAAAAAAAUGAAGAGAGUGCUAUCAGUAAUUAUUGUGAUGAUUUGUCAACACUGAGUCAUGGUUAAUUGAUCAGAGAGCUAGUGAGUGAUUGAAUGAAUGAAUCCAGAUCUGGGGAUCCACCAGCCGAACCAAUGAAUGGAAGGUCAAAGCACACAGAUAGGCCUGCCUCCCGGUUAUACUGUUCAGCCGCAGGCCAGAAUUUUUUCAACUUGAGUCCAUCCUGUUUCUUUUUUUUUUUUGGUUCAGUUGUAAUCAUGGGAUAACAUUUUCCAUUUUGUGAAUUUUAUUUUUUACACAAACAAAAGUAAUGAAACGAUGUACCGUUAAAUGAUAGUCUGAUUUUAUUUUAUUUUUCCCCCCCCCCCCCCCACUAAUUAUUGAUAUUAUGAUUAGGCCAGAAUAAUGUACCUUUUUAAAAAAACAUUUUUAAACUUUUGAACACAUAUUGUGACUGUCCAUUUUGGUAUUUGGGGGGUAUUUCUUUUAAUUUUUUUUGCACAAAAAACUCAAAAGGUUUACCUGAUAAUGCAGUAAUGUUUUUCUUUUACCCUUCACUUGCUUAAAGUCACUUUCAGUUUAGGGGGGUCACUCAGUUUGAAUAUGUCUGAAAUAUUUAUUCACAAGAUAUGAUAUGUGUGGCAGUUAUGUGUUUGGCAGGGGCAAGGACACUUUGUUAUCCAAUACUUUUGUUGUUGUUUUUUUUUUUUUUCAUCUUUUGAGAGCCAUGUCUUUUUUUUUUUUUUUUUUUUUUUUUUUUAUCUUGUUGGAGUGCAAUAAUCAGUCCACCUCAGAUAAGCCCACCAAACAUUGCUGAGCAUUUUACACACAUACACACGCGCACACUCACACUUCAGACCACGUCAUCCAGGCAGUUAAACAGGAAGAAAAUGCAACAACUCCUACGACAGGUACUUUCUCCGGCUUUCAUUCAUUCUCCUCAACAGGGCUACAAUAGGACUUCCCUAAGUAUACAUAUUUAAACUCACACACAGAGCCUAAGAUUCAACCUGAAAGACAAGGUGGAGAAGAAUGAAAAUGGUCAGUUUUUUAUCAUUGUACCCAUUUUGAAAACAUCCCCAAUUCGUAUUGGUUCUUUAAAGAUAAAUAAAUUGAAAUAAAAAGCA